UAAAAAUUCCGUCCCAGGCGUGAAGCAUAUGCAAACGGUAAAAACUCUCCAAAACUUUGCAGCGAAGUGAAAUUGCACCGCUCGCUGGUGGUGGUGCAAACAAAAACGAUACACAAAACAACACACACUCUCGAGCGAGCUCGCGAUCAGUUUGCGCACGUGUGCGGGUGUGUGCGUACGUCGAUCGCUAACGUUGUUGCCCGCAUAGCUGGGUGCUUAAAACAAUAAAGAAACAAAAGUGUAGCUAGCCGACACGAGAGGGAGCGAGCGCGAUCGCCUUGGGUUUGCAGUGCGCGAUCGAGAAGGAGACACGAUUAGGCGACAUAAAACGUGGCCGAGCCACCGUGGUGUGUUGUAGCACUUAGCAGCAUCAAACAUGUUGAAGAACAAAGCCACCGAGGAUAAGGUUGACACGCUGCUGUCGAAGAGUCAAAUACCGAUCAUCGAUCUCGCACACUGCGGUACGGAGGAAUGUCCAAUCCGGUCCGUGGUGAAUCGUGUCGGACACCACCUCCAUAAAGCACUCAGCGAAAAGGGCAUCGCGCUGCUGGUUAAUCAUGGGAUCUCCGAGGAUAAGUUGAAGCAGAUGUACGGUCACCUGGAUGACUUCUGCAAGCUUUCCGAUAACACGAAAGAGACGUACCAACGUAAGGGCGAAACGAACCACGGCUACAUCAAGCCAGGCCAGGAGCGUUUCGACGGCAAAACAAAAGACCUGCGGCACACGUUCAACAUCUGCACGCUCAACCCGGACGUGGCACUUCCGGAUGAACCACUGCCGGGUUUCCGGGAACACGUGUCCGAUCUGGCGACGGACUUCAAGCGACUGUCGUCCUUGUUAUUGCAAGCGCUGGCUGUCGGCAUGGAACUACCGUAUGGGUACUUCCUUGAGAAGCACCGGCACAUUCUCGAUGGCGAGGGCCAAAACCAGUCCACAUUCCGGCUGCUGUACUACCCGCCACUCAUCGAGGACGACGGAAAGAACGAGCUGCUGCGCGGCACCUGCAAGUACAGCCAGCAGCGCUGUACGAAGGACGAAAUCGAUCUAUCCCUGCCCGAGGAUUACCGCGCGAAGGUACGCGAGCAGCAGGAACAGGAAGAGCAGGAGCUCCAGCAGCAGCAGUUGGUGACACGAUGUGGAGCGCACUGUGACUACGGUACGUUCACGCUGUUGGCACAGGACUCCGAGGGUGGCCUGGAAGUGAAGCUGCCUGGUACUGACCGGUGGAAACGGGUCGGUCAUCUGCCCGGUGCCAUCCUGAUCAAUGCCGGUGAGCUGCUGUCGACGUGGACAGGUGAAAAGAUCGGCGCCCUGCAGCACCGCGUGAUUAUCCCGCAGGAGGAAUCGAUCCGUACACGUGGCCGCCAUUCGUUGGCAUUUUUCGUCCAUCCUGACAACUGCAUAUCGAUAACACCGAUCGAUCUGCCGGCCUCCAGCUCCUCCAACUCACUCGAUUCGGAUGAGAAGAAAACUAAAGGACGAAAAAAGUCCUUUAAAACGGCCAAGUCUAAGAUCUACAACGCCUACCAACAUGUGCAAAGACGUUUCAAGGAGACGUACGCUUCGUAGCCAGCCUCGCAACGGAGCAGUUUAUAUACCUAUUGCACACGCUAGUGUAGAAGCCGUCAACCUACUACGGAUUCAUCCCCCGGCAUCCGACGGACGGAGUGGGUUCGUCGGUGCAGUAUUUAUGAGA